UGUUUUCUUUCUCUUUGCCUGUCUUUUCCUUUCUUUUCAGUCUUCUCUGAAGGGAGCUUCAUAGCUGAAACUUGAGCUGCUUUGUGUAAAGCCUCCUUUGAAGAAGCGCGAGCCCAGUGCCUUCCACCAGGUGCUGUCGUUUAUCAUCUUUAUCUGCUACAUUGCGUCCUCAGCUGCCUCUUUCAUGAUGGCACCGCUUUUGGAAUUUCUGCUGGCACUGUUCCUUUUCUUUGCCUAUGCCUCUAAGCUUAAUGAGAAGUUUAAAGGACUCUACUGGCCUUUGUCGGAUUUCUUGCGGUGCGUCACUGCUGCUAUUAUUUACUUUGCCAUCUCAAUUGCUGCCGUCUCAAAAUAUUCUGAUGGAGCCUCUAAAGCAGCUGGAGUGUUUGGAUUUAUUGCCACAAUAGUGUAUGCCAUUGAUUUCUACAUAACCUUCAACGACCUGGUUACGUUUCUCAAACAAGGCACAUCCAGUCCCGCUGAAGGGCGCAAGUCAGACGAAGAAGAUUCUGAUUCCGAUUCCGACUGAAGAGCAGGACAGCAAUGAACUGUGAAGGGAAGAUGAUGCCCAAGCACUUUCCUCUUUGCUGAAUGU